GGUAUCGGUGCCGAAAUCGAGAAUCCAUUUGGCUAUGAUAAAAAUGAUCUUCCCUUGGAUGAAUACUGCAAGGACCUGGAAGCUGAAGUCAAAUAUCUGCAACGUCAUAUUCCACAUAGAAAACCACCUAAUAGCACCGUCUAA